AUGGUCGAAAGUGGUGUCCCCCAGGGUUCAGUACUGGGACCCAUUUUGUUCCUUAUCUACGUGGACGAUGCCGCAAGAGAUUUGGACUGUGAAGUAGCAAUGUUUGCGGACGACAUGAAGAUAUGGAGUGUAAUCCGGGGUCCUGCCGAUGAAGACAGACUGCAGAUGAACCUGAAUCGGUUGGAGGAGUGGUCAAACCGUUGGCUCCUGCGGUUCAACGUUGCCAAAUGUAGCAUACUUCGCCUAGGCAACACAGCCAGAUCCGCCAGCACAAGAGGCUACUUUCUGGGCGGUGCAGCCCUACAAGAGGUCGAAGCCCAAAAGGACCUCGGUGUGCUUACGACGAGUUCCCUAAAACCAUCCGCCCACUGUUCGAGGGUGGCAAAAACCGCAAUGUCCGUACUGUACGCCAUCAAGCGUGCGUUUAUGGACUUUGACGAAGAAGCCUUCUCUAAGACAUUUGGAACAUUCGUCCGGCCACAUUUAGAGUACGGCAUACAAGCUUGGAGGCCGUGGGGUGUUGUGGAUCAAAACUGCCUCGAAAGAGUCCAGAGGAGAGCCACGAAGAUGGUCAGGGGUCAAAGCUCCUUUCCUUAUGCGACCCGCCUAGUAAAUCUGAACCUCUUUCCUUUGAGUUACAGGCAACUUCGCGGAGAUCUCUUGCAAGCCUUCCGCAUUGUAAAGGAUUUGGAUUGCAGUCUGGCCUUCGAGGACUUUUUUGAAUUUGCUACCACGACCAACCUCCGAGGUCACCCGUUAAAACUGCGCACUCAGCAGGCACGGCUGGAUGUGCGGAAGUUCUCCUUCUCGGUUCGGGUGGUCAAACCGUGGAAUGAGCUUCCCGCAGAUGUUGUGAAGUCACCAUCUAUACAAAGUUUUAAGAAGAAUGUGGACAUAUUUAUGUUCCGAAAUGACCAAGAGCGAUGA